AUGUAUGUGAAGAUCGAGACCUCAAGACUAGAUUAUUUUAGAGGCAAGCAACAACAUAUUCGAUCAGAGUUAUAUCAAGGUAUUGUUGAUACAAUUACACUUGGGGAAACAAAUCCUUCUAAUGUUGGGAAACGGAUUAUACUCCCAUCUUCUUUUAUUGGAGGUCCAAGAGACAUGAGAAAAAGAUAUAUGGAAGCAAUGGCUUUAGUUCAACGUUACGAAAUUACAAAUGAAUUAAGUCCACACGAGGAGAGUCAAAAUCGACCUGAUUUGGUUGCUCGAGUGUUUCGUGCAAAAUUGGAAGAAUUAAAGGACCAGUUAUUCAAAAGGCAAAUAUUUGGAAAAGUGUCAGCAUAUGUCUAUGUUAUUGAGCACCAAAAAAGGGGUCUUCCGCAUGCCCACUUUUUAAUUAUCUUACAAAAUGAGUGGAAACUCCAUGCACCAGAAUCUUUUGAUGAGAUCGUAUCAGCAGAGAUACCUGAUAAAAAUACAAACAUCCACCUCCAUAACGCAGUUGUGAAGCACAUGAUGCAUGGACCAUGUGGAGUAUUGAAUCCAUCAAAUGUUUGCAUGAAAGGAAAUCGUGGAUGCAAAAGUAAUUAUCCAAAGAAUUAUGCAUCUGCAACAACUGUUGGAAAUGAUUGCUUCCCAAUAUAUAGGCGUUCAAACAAUGGAAUGACUGUGAAGGUCCGAGGACAAUAUCUAGACAAUCGUUGGGUUGUUCCAUACAACCCGUAUCUCCUUGCAAUAUUUGACUCUCACAUUAAUGUAGAGAUUUGUUCUACAAUAAAAGCAGUGAAAUAUCUUUACAAGUACAUUUAUAAAGGUCAUGAUCGUAUCGCUUUCAACUUGGUUUCUGAAACAAACAAUCAACAAGUUGAUGAAAUCCAACAAUUCCAGUCAUCCCGAUGGAUUGCUCCCCCAGAAGCAAUGUGGAGAAUAUAUGGAUUUAUUAUCAAUGAGAUGUCCCCAACAGUGUAUAGUUUGCAUUUACAUCUGGAGGAUCAACACCCGGUCACUUUCCAAGCAAACGACGAUCUAAUUAACAUCCUCAAUUUAGACCGUUCUAGAAAAACUAUGCUAACGCAAUUCUUUGCAUUAAAUCGAGUAGAUGAAAAUGUAAAGAAAUUACUGUACAAACAAAUUCCAGAAUAUUAUGUUUGGAACCAUCAACACAAAGAAUGGACUCCCCGAAAAACGAAAACAGUCAUAGGUCGUAUUGUUACAGCAAAUCCAUUUGAGGGUGAGCGUUAUUUCAUGCGGAUAUUGCUAAACCAUGUAAGGGGACCGUUGUCCUUUGAAGAUCUUAGAACAGUCGAGGGCAUUUUGGCCCCCACAUUUCGUGAGGCAGCAACAAUGCAUGGUUUGUUACAAAGAGACAGUAGCUUAGAAGACUGUUUACAUGAGGCAUCUUUAUAUCAAAUGCCAUCCAGUUUGAGGCGACUGUUCGCAACAAUAUUGGUAUAUUGUAAUCCAACCAAUCCAAGAGACCUUUGGGAAUGUUUUGAGGAAGAUAUGUCAAUUGAUUUCAAAUCUUCAGAAGAUUCUACAUCGACUGCAAGAUAUCAUGUAUUAAGGUCAAUCUCUUCUACAAUUGAAUCAAUGGGGAAAAACAUUAACUCUUACCAUCUUCUUGAUGAAGACAUUUCUUUCGAUGGAAAUGAAUUUCAAUCUAGAGAAAUCGAUGAUGAGUUGGGUGUUGAAAUUCCAGAAGAAGAUAUUACAUCUUCAAGAUCACUUAAUAGCGAGCAACAACAAGUGUAUAAUGUAGUGUUGGAAAAAGUUUUAUCAAACCAAAAUGCUGCAUUCUUUGUAGAUGGCCCAGGAGGUCGAACAGCUCACUCUCGCUUUAAGCUUCCACUUGAUACUGACGAAAAAACCACAUGUUCUGUGAGCAAACAAAGUGCACUUGCAAACCUUCUUCGUGCAGCAAAAUUAAUAAUAUGGGAUGAGGCACCGAUGACAAGAAAACAACACAUAGAGGCAUUAGACAAAAUGCUACGAGACAUCAAUGAUUCUGACGUAGCCUUCGGUGGAAAGGUUGUUGUUUUUGGGGGAGAUUUUCGACAAGUAUUGCCUGUGGUCCGUAAAGGAACUAGACAAGAGCAGGUUAAUUCCAGUCUGGUUCAUUCUUACUUGUGGCCUACAUUGACUAAGUUUCGACUAACUGAAAAUAUGCGAGCAAGAUUAGAUCCAAUGUUUUCAAAUUAUGUGUUAUCAGUAGGUAAUGGAUUGCCACCCACUACAAAAGAUGAAAUCAUCAAAAUACCAAAUGGGAUGCUUGUUCCCUAUGAUGAUGACAAGACUUCAUUAGAUCACUUAAUACAAGACGUUUUCCACAACAUUCAAGAUUAUUCAGGAAAUAUGUCAACUAUGAUGAAUCGGGCCAUACUAACACCAAAGAAUAGUUUUGUGGAUGAAAUAAAUGCAUUGUUAAUACAAAGAUUUCCAGGUGAAGCCCAGCGAUAUUACAGUGUAGAUGAGACAAUAGAUAAAACUGAGCAAUCAGUUAUGGAAGAUUUCUUAAACACAUUAACGCCUAAUGGACUUCCGCCUCAUGAAUUAUUACUAAAGAAAAAUUGUCCCAUCAUGCUCCUAAGAAACAUUAAUCCUUCAGAGGGACUAUGCAAUGGAACCCGUUUGAUUUGUUGGGCUUUCGAUCGAAAUAUCAUAGAUGCUGAAAUUGCCGUUGGACAUCAUAUGGGAAAAAGAGUCUUCAUUCCAAGAAUACCAUUCUUACCAAAUGUGGAUGAUAAUAGUGGUUUUCCGUUUAAGCGAACUCAAUUUCCUAUAAGAUUAAGUUUUACAAUGACCAUAAAUAAGUCACAAGGCCAAACAUUAGAUUAUGUUGGGAAUUAUUUACCACAGCCAGUAUUUUCUCAUGGCCAAUUGUACGUGGCUUUAUCAAGGGCAAAGACAUCGUCUAUAGUAAGGAUUUUAAUUCGACCAGUGACUACUGAUAAACUUGACAAAAACUACACCAAAAAUAUUGAAAAAAUGCCGACAAUAUGUACAUCGAUCAACGAGAUCACACCAAAUACAAAACCCUGGAAAAUCAAGAUGAUUGUGGCAGACAAAUCUCCAAAGCGAACAAGUCGUUCCUCAGCAGUCAAAUACCAAAAUCUAAUAUUAAUUGACCAACAGGGGAAUCGAGUCCAAUCAGUAAUUUAUGGAACAGAUAUUGACUCUAGAGAGGACACUUUAAAAUUGUUUCACUCUUAUUAUAUCAGUGACGCACUUGUCAAAAAUGCCAACCCAAGGUACAAGAUUGGAUCAUAUGAAUAUGAUUGGACCCUCAACUCAAGAACACUAAUAGAAGAUGUAGAAGAACAAGAUAAUAAAAUAGAGGUGCCAAAAUAUAACAUCGUUCCAUUUACAGACUUGGACUCUUACAAAGACUCAACUAAACGAAUAGAUUUCUUAGCUGUUGCAAUCCAGAUUGAAUCAACAAAAGAGAUACCCACAAAAUUUCAACAACAAACAAUCCAAGAGAUAUAUCUUAUCGAUGAAAGGGCGAAUAAUAAUACACUGAAAAUUAAAAGUAUCAUUGAAACGUCGUUGACACAUCUAUCUACUACUAUAUCAUCUAUUGGACUUCAAAAAACCGUCAAAAUUUGUGAUAUUCCCCGUGCAAUGAAGGCUUUGCAAUCUAUGGAGAAAAAAUACUUUUGGAUAGAAGCAAAGAUAAAUAUAAUUGAUUCUGCCCAAAUUGAUAGGGCAUAUGUGCAACUAGAAGAUGAUACUGGAAAGCUCGAUGCUGUUAUGUUCGGAGAAGUAGUAGAAAAGAUAUUUGGUAGUUCUACAGUCCAGUUGGUGGAAAAUUCUACACAGGAAAUUCCUCAACACAUUGAAAUUGUUGCAAAUAAAUUAGCAACAAAAAAAUGGACAAUCAAAUUGUCUGGAGAUGAAGAAAAAAUGAAUAAUGUGAAAUACAAACAUUUCAUUCUCUCAAUUGAAGCCAAACAAGAUAACAACGAGGAUGAAUCAUCAUCCUAA